CGGGGGAGGUCAGGCUACAUUUGUUGGGAGUAAACAAAACCCUUUUUUUAACCUACCGGAACUUUUUUGAGUUCCUCAGAGACUGCCACAAGUUAACUUUACUGUAUUUUACCUGUGAAGGAUGUGCCGCGUUAAAGUUUGUCAAAGAAAGUUACUAAACUCAGCUGUUGUUUGUGACUUUGCUUCCUGACUCAUCUUAUCAGCGUCGAGGCUGGGACACGUACCUACCGCUCCUUUAGCGUUUCGUUUUGUUGGUGUUGAACUUUGCCCUUCAUUAUGUGCCACUAUUCAACAUAAUAGGUGCACGCGUGACCAUGUUGUUUCAUCUGUUCAUACUCCUUCAACUCCUGUCAUGUGGAGAUCUGGCCUGCAUGAGGAGGUUGCAGUCGAAACAUGAGGACCAACAAGUGUUUGUGGAUGAGGGGGACGCAAAUUCGUUCCUGGGUCGCCAUCUGCUGUUCAACCGGUUUGAUUUUGAGAUUUUCGUUCCUGGAGAUCUGGAGAGGGAGUGCUUUGAAGAAGUUUGCAAUUACGAGGAAGCAAGGGAGGUCUUUGAAAACAUCCCGGCUACAGAUGUUUUCUGGAAGGAAUACACUUCAGAUAAGGACAGGCGCCCCUCGCGGAUUGAUGUGACGUCUCUUUUGGUGGGACUGAUUGGUGCUGGAGUGGCCAUUGUUAUUAUUGGCCUCCUGGUAUGGUAUUACUGUCAAGGCAAAUGCAAGGACAACUUCAGCCGCACAAGCUCCAUUCGGGCGCGACCGAGGAGGAGUAAUGCUUCUCUAAUAAUGCGACGACUAGAGGAGGUGUCCUUGCAGCCUGUGCUCCCACCUGUGCCCCCACCUUCUAUGGAGGAAAUCGACCCCCCGGGGCUGCCUUCCUAUGAGCAGGCAAUCGCAAAAAGUGGAACGCACGACGCCCCACCUCCUCCUUAUCCUGGUUCACGAGCUGGAAGUAUUCGGAGGUAGUAUCUUCAGGACAACAUCUCUGCAUGUCUGCCAACAUUAAGCAGACAAUUUACAACUAACAUUUAUACCAAUUCUUUCUUCACCACAAGAUGUAAAGCACUUCCUUAUGCAUUCCGUUUUGCUCUGAUCAUCUUUUUCUGUUGAUACAUUUUUAAUCUGUCUAGUCUGUUGAUUGUUGAUGUUCCUAUUUCUUAACGGUCUCUGUUAACUACUUCCAGGUAUGAUUAUGCUUUGUAAUAUAACCCCAUGUCUGUGCUGAGUAAGCUACAUUUAACCCAGUUUGCUGCUUUUUGUCUAAAUGAAGAACCACUAAUGUGUUGGACAUGAGAGAUUUACACAGCUGGAGUGCUAAGGCCCGUAUGGAGAAGUUGCUUCAGACGCAGCAUGUAUAGAAGGAGAGCAACAUUAGGAUUAUGUUUCAUUACGCAAUAAGUAUUAAUUGCAUUGGAAGAGAGACAGGGUGAUUUGUGUAGCCAUACAGCUUCCUGUCUCCUUCAGAAGGAAGCACAGUAACAGCAAAACUGAUUUCAGUGGCAUAAUGGUAUUAUAAUAAUAUUGUGAUAAAGAAUCUGCUUUAAAGGAUACUACAAGUGUUUUUGAUGUGCUCAUCUACCAGCUGGCUUUGUUAUAAUUCCCUUUGGUUUUCAACUGUAUUUCAUCAUCUUUUAACUCUUUUUAUUUUUAUUUUAUUUUUUAAAAUGUGCAUCUUGCUGGUUUAUAAAAUUAUAGUGUCAGGAAAUGUAUGUUUGAGUCAACCAAUGAGAAUGCUCUUCUAAUAUGUGAAGUCAUGUUUACUUUCAUUGUAUAAACUGUGGUUAAUUAUUAAAUGUAUUAUAAAUACACAGAGGUGGAAGCUCUUCUGAAGCAGUUUUACAAUAUCUUACAUUUACAUAUAACAUUUAACAACUUUACAAGUAAAUUAUAGCUGCGAUGAAUGUGACAGCUAAAUCAUACUUUAACAGUUGUCCAACACUAAUUUAACUAUUGUCUAUUAUAUGUCAGUCACUUAACUUAAUUACUAUUUUACAACCCUGUUGGAUGCCUGUGUCUCACAAAUACAAGGAUUGACAAGGGAAGCUUUGUUAAAGCUGAUCUGAACCGUAAUUACUUGAAAUGAAAAUCUUUUAUGGAUGUUUUAAAUAAAAUUUAUAUUUUAA